CAUUUCCGUACGGAUGGGCUUACCGACCGUGCCACGUGGAGCAGCUGGCAGGAGAGGGAGAGAUAAAGAGAGAUCUGAUCGUCUGAGGGAGGAGUCAGGCAGGUAGCCCUGAAGAAUCCUGUUGCAGGCAGCCAGAAGAGGCAAGAUCCGAGGGUUAGCAGCUAAGAUGAGCGGAGGACAUAGUGAUGCUGGGACGCCUUCUUCCUCAGGUAAGAUGGCAAAGUUGAAGGAGUUGUUGCACAGAAGCGAAAAUCGUAUUUGCGCUGACUGCAGUGCACCAGAUCCCAAAUGGGCGUCGGCUAAUAUUGGAGUAUUUAUAUGUCUAAAAUGUUCUGGCGUUCACAGAAGCCUUGGUACGCAUAUCUCAAAGGUCCUGUCAGUGACACUAGAUAAGUGGACUGAUGAUCAAGUUGACUCCAUGGUUGAAGCUGGCGGAAAUUCUCACGCCAAUGCAAUCUAUGAGGCCUUCCUCCCACAGGGCCACUGCAAGCCGCAUCCAGAUUCUAACCAGGAAGAGCGGCAAAAUUUCAUCAGGUCAAAAUAUGAGCUCCAAGAAUUUCUGGAGCCAAGCUUACGGAUUGUUGCUGAUCAUCCUAGUGAUGCCGGAAAACACACAGCCUCUGAUAGCUCCAAGAGUGAGAUUGGCAUGGUUGAGUUCAUCGGAAUACUGAAUGUCAAAGUCAUUGGAGGCACCAAAUUAGCUAUCAGGGAUAUGUCGAGCAGCGACCCUUAUGUCAUCUUGACACUUGGGCACCAGAGAGCACAGACUUCAGUGAUCAAAGGGAACCUGAACCCAGUAUGGAAUGAAGAACUCAAGUUCUCCGUUCCUCAGCAAUAUGGGUCUCUGAAGUUGCAAGUGUUGGACCAUGACAUGGUGUCCAAGGACGACGUGAUGGGGGAGGCUGAGAUCGACCUGCAACCAAUGAUCAACGCGGCAGCGGUGUUCGGUGACCCUGAGCUGCUGGGAGACAUGCAGAUCGGCCGGUGGCUCAAGUCGGCGGACAAUGCGCUUACAGAGGACAGCGCCGUGAUGGUCACCGGCGGCAUGGUGAAGCAGGAGGUCUCCCUGAAGCUGCAGCGCACCGAGUCCGGGGAGGUGGCACUGGAGAUGCAGUGGAUACCUCUAAACAUGUAGAGAACUCGGAUGUGUAUUCCAAACCUCUGCAAAGAUGAUUUUAGCAGAUUUUGCAUCGUAUUUUUUUGGAGACAUUUUGCUAUGGUUCACAGCAAAAGGUUGCCGUGAUUUGAUUUGAACUAUCCUGGCAGCAUCUAUUUUGAGAUAUUUCAGUAAAGACUCUGAAGAUGUUGUGGCAUGCAAGUUAAACUGUUUAAAAACAAGAUGAUUUUUGUGGAUUAUGAA